CGUCGUCUCGAUGGUUCCGCUUUGUGGUUGACGCAUGCGCUUGGAAGUCUUGCCGGGACGCAUGCUGAUGAAAUAGUGCGGCGUGUGCUACAGGAAAGCACCCGGGGCCCAGUCACCGAUCUGAUCGCGGAGCAACGGAGACGGCCGAUAAGACAAGAUGCCUGCGUUGAGUUGUCGGUUUUACCAGCACAAGUUUCCAGAAGUAGACGAUGUGGUCAUGGUCAAUGUCCGCUCCAUUGCGGAGAUGGGCGCCUACGUCAGCCUCUUGGAGUAUAACAACAUCGAGGGCAUGAUUCUCCUCAGCGAGCUCUCCCGAAGGCGUAUCCGAUCCAUCAACAAGCUCAUCCGCAUUGGCAGAAACGAGUGCGUGGUGGUCAUAAGAGUCGAUAAAGAUAAAGGAUACAUAGAUCUGUCUAAGAGAAGAGUUUCGCCGGAAGAAGCGCUGAAAUGCGAAGAUAAGUUCACCAAGUCUAAAACUGUUUACAGCAUUUUGCGUCAUGUAGCAGAGGUGCUGGAGUACAGGAAGGAUGAACAGCUGGAGAGCCUCUUUCAGCGGACCGCCUGGGUAUUUGAUGAAAGAUACAAGAGGCCGGGCUACGGAGCCUACGAUGCCUUCAAGCAAGCAGUUUCGGACCCUUCAGUUCUGGAUGGAUUGGAUUUAACAGAAGAGGAGAUGCGAGUUCUCAUUGACAAUAUUAACAGGCGUCUUACUCCACAAGCUGUGAAGAUCAGAGCAGAUAUUGAAGUUGCGUGCUACGGAUAUGAAGGUAUCGAUGCCGUCAAAGAUGCCCUGAGGGCAGGACUUAGCUGUUCAACGGAAAAUAUGCCAAUCAAGAUAAAUCUGAUUGCGCCGCCUCGGUACGUGAUGACCACCACCACCCUGGAGAGGACGGAAGGCCUGUCCGUUCUGAAUCAAGCAAUGUCCGUCAUCAAAGAGAGGAUUGAGGAGAAAAGAGGCGUUUUUAAUGUCCAAAUGGAGCCCAAGGUGGUCACAGAGACAGACGAAACAGAACUGGCCAGACAACUGGAGCGACUGGAGAAGGAGAACGCCGAGGUGGACGGAGACGACGACGCAGAUGAAAUGGAAGCAAAAGCAGAAGAUUAAAAAGAAAACUGCUCCAAUUCCAAACACCAGCUCCACAAUCUGGCCACAACAUAUCCGUACAUUUUCCCAAAUCUAACAUUUUAUGCAGUCGCCCCCUGAUCUAACUCUUCAUUCCAAGACUAUGAAACCUGUCGUUCCACCACAGCGUCCCUUCUAUCUGCCUCUGCAGGACUCGUGAUGGCCUCUCAGAGCUUCUCCGAGGCUUCAGGGCAUGGUUUUAUAUGCUCUCAAUCCAAACUCGUGUAGGACACCUCUCCUUUGGGUUAAUGGCAAGUAGCCACCAUUGUUGUCACCAGUAAGAUCUGAUCUUGGGUUUCUUGCAUCCAGUUGGUCACAGUUAGGCCCUGAUAUAAAGGGGUUUUCACAUGUCAUAACUGAAGUUGGUUGGGUCUUGGCGUCCAUGACCGGCCGAUCCCCUCUUGCAUGGGCAGUUCCUUUCUAUUGAAAUUUAAAGUUUCAAUCAAACAUGUUUAAAGGGGUUCUUCUCCGGGCUACAGAUAUUGCUGACCUUUGCUCAGGCUAGGUCAUCGAUAUCCGUCUGUAACCCAGCUACCCAACCAGUCAGUGUAUGGGGCUGGAGGCAGAUGGCUUUGGACACUGCCGUGCCACAUGACCCACGUCAAACUAGAUGUUGAUGUGGGUAGACCUGAGACAUAUGGCUCCUAAGGGGGAGCGAUGAAAGUAGGAGUCCUACUGCGGGUCCGGACAUCCUGAGAGCUCUGCAGAAAAGGUCCCCAAGGGUGAGCGACCCCUUUAAAGCAUUGGAUAGGAGAUCCCAAUGAUCCCGAGAUUGGUCACCUGUGCCCCUCUGUUUGACUGGUGCGGCGUACAUGCAUGCACGCUGCGGGGCUUCCAGACGUAGCUGAGCUCUUGUACUCCAAUAGAGUUGGAUGGAGCGUAUGUGUCGGCGGGGGUCCGUCUCACCUGAGGAGAUAAGUUCCUGUGAUGGGACAAUCCCUUCAUUAUGCCAUGUGGACAGUUCUUCUCCAGGACACCUGUGGGUGGCCUAUAAUACCUUAGGCUUACUGGAUCCGGCAGGGAUCAGCAAAAACGCUUCCGUUACUGAUAAUACAAC